GAAAGAGCUGGCGUGCCGGGUCGGAAGGAGGAAAGCAGGAGAAAGCUAGUUCGGCAACUAAAAGCGCCACUUGUCACACACGAUGGCCUUCCGUAUGUUCGAGCGACCCGAACAUGCCGAGGCCUACAACCUCUACCACCCCGGGGUGCCGGACGCCGCCUUCGCAGCGAUCAUGGACUACGUGCGUGCCAAGACCGGCGGCGUGCCAAGUCUUGCCGUGGACGUGGGCUGUGGCAGCGGGCAGUGCACCCAGCUGCUGUCGAAGUACUGCACGCGCGUGGUCGGGGUGGACGUGAGCGAAGCCAUGAUCCGCGAGGCGACUCGAGUCAACAGCACGGAGAACAUCGCCUACACGGUCGGCACGGCGGAGAAGCUCCCCUUCCUGGACGGCUCCGUGGGCCUCCUGUGCGCAACGUCGGCCGCCAACGUCUUCAAUUUGCCCGACUUCGUGCGAGAGGCGGCGCGGGUCCUGCAGCCAGGCGGCUGCCUCGCCAUCUAUGCCAUGCUCUACCCAAUGCGGCUCAAGUACGGUGGCAUCUCAAGCGAGCUGACCGCCAUCCUCCAUGAGAUGCUGGAGGAGCUCCGUCCGUACGAACACGAGAGGAUGCGUCACCUGCGGAAUGGCUACGCUGACAUCUACACGGGCAUCACCUUCGCUGACAAGGAGCGGAAGGAGGGCAUUGAGCUGUCCGUACAGGUGACACUGCAGGAUCUGCUGAGGUUCAUCGGCUGCUUUUCCGAAUACCAGGCGCUGCGGAAAGAGGACCCUAAACGCGGGGACACCUUCAUGCAGUCUCUAGAGCAGAGGUUGCAGGAGGCGAUGGGCAGAACUGCUCCUGACACCGAACUGGAGUUGAAUGCCGACACGGCAGUGCUGCUGGCUUGCAAAACCCCGACAGCUUAAAUUAUUCCCGUCCCCUCGAAAGUAAUUAAACGAUUGUUUUACA